AUGGCUCUCAACAGAAAGUAUUCCGCACUGCCUGACUUGGACACGGCACCUGACAUCUACGAGACCCCCGAAUUGACAGACGACAUAUCAACUGUGCCUACGACCACAGGUCAGUCGGUAUCGGACAACGACUUCGACGACGAUGAGGAUGACGCCGCAGGUAUUUCGCGGACGCGCCUGCGUAUAGAUCAAGCCAGAUCUCGGUUUCUACCGGCCGAUGUCGACGCCUCCGACGUCGACUUCUCAGACCGGGUCAACGGCAAACGCAAGUCGUAUAAGACGUCCAGCAGGCGGCAGCGGGUGCUGGAGGACGGCACGCAGAUCGAGCUGGGAGACUUGAGCGACGAGGACGAUGCCGAGAGCCUGGCGCGCAAGGUCGCAAGGCUCAGACGGGAAAUAGAGGAAGCUCGGGAGGAGUACGGCAAGCAGAGGGCGGCAGCCGAGAAGAAGCAACCCGACGAAGCGGCUGCGCAGGACCUGGAGUUGGACUCGCUCAGCGUGGCGUUGAGCGAGAUCUCGAAGCUUCCAGAUGGAAGCGCUGCACAUCACACUAUAAGAAGCAUCUCGGCUCUGCCCGGAGAAAAAGCCAGCACGCAACAGGUGCCCGUCGCCGGUGACUCGGCCACCUACACUGUCACCUAUGCCGCCUCGUAUGAGCAGAGCCACGCACUUGCAAAAGCGGCCGACUUUGACCGCCGCCUCGUGUUACUAGAGAAGUCAAUCGGCAUCGGGUCUUCUACCAUGCUUGAGGCGGACUCGAACGGGUUGCCACGUGCAAUCAUGCCCACCUUGGAAACGCUGCAGAAACAAGUGUGGACCUUGAGCGACACUUCCACCGCGUCUUUGGACACUAUCAGCCGUCGUGUGCGGGCCCUGAUCCAAGAGGCAGAGCAGCUGGACAAGGCGAGGAAGUCGGCCAAAGCUGCCCAGGACGCUCUGGCAUCGGCCGGCGGGGCAGCCCCCGUAGAGGGCGAGGACUCGGAACAGACGGCCAAGAUCAACGCGCUCUACGGCACACUGCCUACGAUAGAGAACCUGACGCCACUUCUGCCGCCUCUGCUGGAUAGGCUGCGGUCUCUGCGUGCUAUCCAUGCCGACGCUGCCACCGCGAGCGACUUCUUGGACCGCAUUGAGAAGCAGCAGAGCGAGAUGGCUACGGAUAUCAAACAGUGGAGGGAAGGCCUCGGCAAGAUCGAAGAGGCGAUCAAGUCGGGAGAACAAACCAUGGGCGGCAACAUGAAGGUCAUGGAAGGGUGGGUCAAGGAUUUGGAGCAGAAGAUCGCAAAGCUCUCUUGA